AUGAUGUUUAAUGCAAUUCAAGAGCUUGAUUUAAGAGAGACACCAUCAGAGGAGAGACACAAACAGAGGACACCAUCAGAGGACAGAACACCAUCAGAGACACCAUCAGAGGACAGACACCAUCAGAGGACACCAUCAGAGAGACACCAUCAGAGGAGAGACACCAUCAGAGGAGAGACACCUGACAGAGGACACCAUCAGAGGAGAGACACCAUCAGAGGACACCAUCAGAGGACACCAUUCAGAGGACACCAUCAGAGGACAGCACCAUCAGAGGAGAGACACCAUCAGAGGACACCAUCAGAGGAGAGACACCAUCAGAGGACACCAUCAGAGGACAGGACACCAUCAGAGACACCAUCAGAGGCACCACACCCAUCAGAGGAGAGACACCAUCAGAGGACACCAUCAGAGGAGAGACACCAUCAGAGGACACCAUCAGAGGAGACCAUCAGAGACACCAUCAGGAGAAGGACACCAUCAGAGGACAGACACCAUCAGAGGACACCAUCAGAGGAGAGACACCAUAGAGGUCACCAUCAGAGGACACCAUCAGAGGACACCAUCAGAGGAGAGACACCAUCAGAGGACCACCAUCAGAGGACACCAUCAGAGGAGAGACACCCUCAGAGGACAGAACCAUCAGAGGAGAGACACCAUCAGAGGACACCAUCAGAGGAGAGACACUAUCAGAGGACACCAUCAGAGGAGAGACACCAUCAGAGGAGAGACACCAUCAGAGGACACCCAUCAGAGAACACCAUCAGAGGACACCAUCAGAGGAGAGACAACCCUCAGAGGACACCAUCAGAGGAGAGACACCAUCAGAGGACACCAUCAGAGGACACCAUCAGAGGAGAGACACCAUCAGAGGACACCAUCAGAGGAGAGACACCAUCAGAGGACACCAUCAGAGGACAGACACCAUCAGAGGAGAGACACCCUCAGAGGAGAGACACCAUCAGAGGACACCAUCAGAGGAGAGACACCAUCAGAGGACACCAUCAGAGGACACCCUCAGAGGGGACACCAUCAGAGGACACCAUCAGAGGACACCAUCAGAGGACACCAUCAGAGGACACCAUCAGAGGAGAGACACCAUCAGAGGAGACACCAUCAGAGGAGAGACACCAUCAGAGGAGAGACACCCUCAGAGGAGAGACACCAUCAGAGGAGAGACACCAUCAGAGGAGAGGGACACCAUCAGAGGACAGACACCAUCAGAGGACACCAUCAGAGGACACCAUCAGAGGAGAGACACCAUCAGAGGAGAGACACCAUCAGAGGACACCAUCAGAGAACACCAUCAGAGGACACCAUCAGAGGAGAGACACCCUCAGAGGACACCAUCAGAGGAGAGACACCAUCAGAGGACACCAUCAGAGGAGAGACACCAUCAGAGGACACCAUCAGAGGAGAGACACCAUCAGAGGAGAGACACCAUCAGAGGACACCAUCAGAGGAGAGACACCAUCAGAGGACACCAUCAGAGGAGAGACACCCUCAGAGGAGAGACACCAUCAGAGGAGAUACACCAUCAGAGGACACCUGGCCUCUCUCUCUCUCUGGCCUCUCUCUGGCCUCUCUCUCUCUCUGGCCUCUCUCUCUCUGGCCUCUCUCUCUCUGGCCUCUCUCUCUCUGGCCUCUCUCUCUCUGAGAACACCAUCAGAGGACACCAUCAGAGGAGAGACACCCUCAGAGGACACCAUCAGAGGAGAGACACCAUCAGAGGACACCAUCAGAGGACACCAUCAGAGGAGAGACACCAUCAGAGGACACCAUCAGAGGAGAGACACCAUCAGAGGACACCAUCAGAGGACACCAUCAGAGGACAGACACCAUCAGAGGAGAGACACCCUCAGAGGAGAGACACCAUCAGAGGACACCAUCAGAGGACACCAUCAGAGGAGAGACACCAUCAGAGGAGAGACACCAUCAGAGGACACCAUCAGAGGACACCAUCAGAGGAGAGACACCCUCAGAGGACACCCUCAGAGGACACCAUCAGAGGACACCAUCAGAGGACACCAUCAGAGGAGAGACACCAUCAGAGGAGACACCAUCAGAGGAGAGACACCAUCAGAGGAGAGACACCCUCAGAGGAGAGACACCAUCAGAGGAGAGACACCAUCAGAGGAGAGACACCAUCAGAGGACAGACACCAUCAGAGGACACCAUCAGAGGAGAGACACCAUCAGAGGAGAGACACCAUCAGAGGACACCAUCAGAGAACACCAUCAGAGGACACCAUCAGAGGAGAGACACCAUCAGAGGACACCAUCAGAGGAGAGACACCAUCAGAGGACACCAUCAGAGGAGAGACACCCUCAGAGGAGAGACACCCUCAGAGGAGAGACACCCUCAGAGGAGAGACACCAUCAGAGGAGAUACACCAUCAGAGGACACCUGGCCUCUCUCUCUCUCUGGCCUCUCUCUGGCCUCUCUCUCUCUCUGGCCUCUCUCUCUCUGGCCUCUCUCUCUCUGGCCUCUCUCUCUCUGGCCUCUCUCUCUCUGGCCUCGCUCUCUCUGUGCACGUCUGCGGAGGUGGAGAUGAGUUUGAUGAAGUCUUCGUAG